AUGUUCGAGUAUAACUCAAAGUACAGUAAAGUAUGUAAAGAUACAGACAUAUACAAUGUGGAGCCUUUAGGAUCGGCUAAAGGAAGCUAUGUUGUUCUAAAUAAGAAAAUGUUUGAGGAUGUGAGUGAUGACGUGGAGUUUAACGUGGGCUUCGAGUGUGCGGGAGAUGAAACGACAAAAGAGUCGAACAGUCUUUACGAGCUGUUAGAGAAGGCAACACAGAUAGGGAACUGGAUAUCAAUAAACCCGGUCGGAACUAGCUUCAAAGCGACCUACUGUUGGACUUUGAGGAAAAAAGUCAAUAAAGAAAACAGUAUUUUGCUAGGAAGGCUGAAACGGCUUGGGCCAAAGGAAGUAAAGUAUAGGACAGUUCAGUGUCACACCAACGGAUCAAUUCAGCCGGAUAAUUACAGUUCAAUCUUCUAUCCGGGGGAUGUGAUACCAGCAAAACAAGCAGAUAUAUCGCACUAA